AUGUCAACUAGAACUGAAGAUGUGCACAGUUCCUACAACAAGGUAGUUGACAGCAACAGGGACAUCGACGACGACGACAACAUGCCCAGGUCGACAGUAUUUAGGUCAGGGGUGCAGCUGAUGAUCAGCUUCAUGUCAGGGAUGGUGUUUGGCCUGGCAGCAGAAAAGGGCAGAGUGUUUGAACCCCACAUCAUCAGAGAGCAGAUGUUAUUUACCAACUUCACCAUGUUGAAGAUGUUCCUGACUGCCUCUGCAGUAGGAAUGAUGGGGUUUUCCUUCUUGAGCAUGAUUCCUGCCACACUGGACCACUUUGAGAGUGUGGUGGAUGAUUUCCUGGUGUCACUGAUGACUAAAAGUGUGACUAGUGCGGCUGUAGGUGGAGCAUUGCUUGGAUGUGGGAUGACCUUGUCUGGAGCGUGUCCAGGAAUGGUGCUGGCCCAACUGGGCGCUGGUGUCCCUAGUGCAGUGUUCACUGUAGCCGGUGGCUUGUGUGGGGCAUACCUGUAUGCACUGACAGAGCCUAUAGUUUACAGAAACCUUCAUCCCAGGAAGCCAUAUCGUUAUUAUACGUUGGAUGAAUUUCUAGGCUCCCCGUACGUCAUCAUUGCCUUGCCUGUGGCAGCCAUGCUGGGGAUGGUGGUGUUUGCUGUGGAGGUGGCCAGGCCCUGGACAUCAGAGGUGGAGCAGUCAGGCAGCAGUUUGAUGGAGUCCCGAGCUUGGCCCCCAUUUGUGGCGGGCAUGUUGAUUGGCUUGCUACAAGUGCCUACAGUUCUCUCUCUCAGGACUACACUGGGGUCAACAACCGGGUACAUGACCGUGGCAUCGCAGGCACUGGCACUCAAACCGCUGCAGUCUGUGUUCUCUUACCUAAAGUCCUUCCGCCGAGGAGUGCACAACUGGUGGCAGGUAUUCUACAUGGGUGGAGCAGUGUUUGGAGCCCACUUGUCUGCACAAGCUUCAGCAACCAUUGGUUCUGUCAGUGGAGUUUUGCCGUCGCAUAGUUUCCUUGGAGGCAUAUUUAUGAUUUAUGGAGCACGAUUGGCGGGUGGUUGCUCGAGUGGUCACGGACUGUCAGGCAUGGGACUGCUGAUGUUGCUGUCGCUGGUGGCUGUGCCGUCCAUGUUUGCUGGAGGCAUUUCCACAGCUGUCAUCAUGAAAUACCUGCUGGAUAUUGACAUGUGA